GCUAUGAGCCAGCAACCCGGAUCCGCUCGACGUGUGAACUUCCCAGAGGAGCCAAUGACGCUGGGAGAAAAGUUCAGCCAUCGAAUGGAUCAGUUAAAGGAAAUAAUAGCCGAUGGAGGUUGCUCACGUGCUGCAAAGUGCGUGUCAAUCACCGUUUGCCUGGUUCUGCUGGUUCUCAUUUUUGGUGGCGCGAUCGUUUACCUCGUCAUGUCACUGACUUCUUCUGCUCAGAAAAUGUCAGCCGAUAGUAUGGAUAUCUCUCCACAAGCUAUUCGUCAUCCGAAAUUCUGGCCUCCAACCGACAAGAUUCGUUUUGAUGAUCUCAAUGGAAUUCCAAUGACUUCUUUGUUCCCUCAAAACGUCUCAACAUGUUCUGGAUUCGGAUUCGCAUGCACCGGGGCAGUUCACAUGGUUAUCCCGUCUUCGAAACGAUGCGAUGGAAGAAGAGACUGCGAGGACGGCUCCGAUGAGGAAAACUGCAAAGAGUGUCAGUCAGUGUUCUCCUGCAAAUUGCGUCCUGAAGAAGAGUCCAAAAAGAAGGGAAGAUCUACCGUCCAACCAACACUCAUCUGUCUGACAGCUCAACACCUUUGCGAUAAUGUCGAAAACUGCCCGGAUGGCUCUGACGAGGCUGUCUGCAAGUCUUCUUGCUCCAAAGAUCAAUUCAAGUGUCCUGGAAGCAAUGCUUGUCUUCCACUCUCAGCCAAGUGUGAUGGGAUCAAUGAUUGCGCAGAUGCCAGCGACGAGAAGAAUUGCAGCAAAUGCCAGAAUAACGCUCACAAAUGCGGAAAACAGUGCAUAAAGGCAAGCCACGUUUGCGACGGCGUCGCUCAAUGUGCUGAUGGCUCCGAUGAACAACAGUGCGACUGUCAAAGAUGCUCAGGAACGGACAAGGCUCUUUGCGAUGAUGGUACAUGUAUCAUGCGGACCCAAGUCUGUGACGGAAAGAAAGAUUGCACAGAUGGCAUGGACGAGGAAGAUUGCCCCGGAUCGUGCACAAUCGAGUCAUUCUCCCCAAAACUCAAGAUGGUUACUUGCUCCGAUGGCAAGCAAUACACUGAAGCUGAAGCGUGUUCUGGUUCGUUUGAAAGUUGCGAUCACGAUUGCCCAAAUUCCAAAUGCCAUCCGAAGCUCGCUUUCACAUGCCCAGCAAGUAAAGAAGCACGAAAAAUGUGCAUCAGCCGACGUAAAGUCUGCGAUGGAACACCUGACUGUGACGAUGGAGCCGAUGAAAUCAACUGCACGCCGAUCAAGGAAUGUGGCAUUGCCAAAAAUACUCAGUUCAAAUGUGAUCACAAAUGCCUGGAUUCAAGCCGUCGAUGCGAUGGAGUUUGGGAUUGUGAAGACAAAUCAGAUGAGAAGGGAUGUGAUAAAUGCCCAUCUGGUACUAUCAAAUGUGCUGCUGAUAAGAAGUGUCUUCCAGCCUUCACCCGUUGCAAUGGAGUUGCUGACUGUUCAGAUGGAAGCGAUGAACUUAAGUGCUCCUGCCAAGAAUGCCUGGGCGUCCAUUCCAACACCUACAUGUGCAACGAAUCGAACAGAUGCCUGAAACGCGACGAAGUGUGCUCUCCGUAUUCAAUGUGCCCCAAUGCCACAUACACCGACAAAGCGUUUUGCGCUGCACUGUUCCUCAAGAAAUCGGGAACUUCCCCGUUCUGAGAUGUUUUAAUACUAAAUCCCACUAACAAUCUCACCCCCUUUCUGUGAAUUUCUCCAAGUUGACCCUGAACUAUUCUUGUGAAAACUAUUGACUAUGAUACAAUAUUUAUUGCAUGCUGAUAAAACGUUUCAUGAU